AUGGGAACGGAAAUUAGUAGCAUAAUUUGCCGGUUGAGUUUAGCUCUAGUAUUGUUAAGUGGAAUUCUAAUAUCAACAGGUUAUGCAGUUUCGCAAAAUGUCCCAGGCUGCGAUGAUGAAGCUAAAGCUUUAGCACGCCUUUGUGCGAAGUAUGUAUUGAAGGCAGGUCCGAAAAUUCGACCGUCCUUGGAAUGUUGUUUGUUGGUCAGGCAGGGUGAUGUAACUUGUAUGUGUAUGCAUGCAACUAUAGACGUUGUGAAACUUAUUAGCUUGGAUAGAGUUUUUUACGUUGCUGAUACCUGUGGAAGGAAGAUUCCUCCGAUGAAAAAAUGUGGAAGUAUUGGAUCGAUCGGAAUAAAAUGA